UGACGAAGAAGAACACGACGUCGCCGGAAAACGCCAUUUUGUUGUUGAACCGGAUCGGUGGUGUAGAAGCAUCGAGAAGCGCCAGUGAAGGUGAGACAAGAUGGGAAAUUUUGCUAGCCUUUUUAGUAAAUUGUUUGGAAAGAAGGAGAUGAGGAUCCUGAUGGUAGGACUGGAUGCUGCUGGAAAGACCACCAUCUUGUACAAGCUCAAACUGGGAGAAAUUGUUACCACAAUCCCUACCAUUGGUUUUAACGUUGAGACGGUAGAAUACAAAAACAUCAGUUUUACAGUGUGGGAUGUCGGCGGUCAGGACAAGAUCAGGCCGCUUUGGAGGCAUUACUUCCAAAACACACAAGGCCUCAUCUUUGUAGUGGACAGUAAUGACAGAGAGCGAGUGGGUGAGGCGAAGGAGGAGCUGAUGCGAAUGCUGGCUGAGGAUGAGCUGAGAGAUGCCGUGUUGCUCGUGUUUGCAAAUAAACAGGACCUGCCCAAUGCCAUGAAUGCAGCUGAGCUCACAGACAAACUGGCCCUGCACUCCCUGCGUCACCGUAACUGGUAUAUCCAAGCCACAUGUGCUACUACUGGAGACGGUCUCUACGAGGGUCUGGACUGGCUUUCAAGCCAGUUAAGGAACGCAAAAUGAUCAAUCACUGCCAGCUCUGUGCGGUGUUUUGGGAGAUUGCACUGGUCCUGGUCUCACGCUCUCCUCUUUUUUUUUUCUUCCCCUCUCUAUUUUUUCUGAAGCGUCGGACCUUUUGGCUAGUGCUCCCCUGCAUUUGUACUGUAUGUGUGUGUUUGAGUAUUUUUGGAUGAACGGACGAACGACUGUGCAUGUACGUGUGAGCUAAGUCGGAGCAGCCCUGCUGUGCCUUGAACACAGUUAGCUCUCAAGACAUCUCAUUCCUCCAGUGUCAGCACAUCCAGAGGCACUGGUUCCCACAAAGCAGAGAACAACACAACAUUAUUGCUGUGGGUCAUCUGUCAAGAAUGUUUAGAAUCACAAAAACCAAAAGGUAACAACAAUUAGGUUUUUACAUCAGCCUGUCAUAUUAAAAUUAAGACCAUUUUCACAACUGUUUUUUUUUCUCCUCUCAACCUUGCAAGAUGCACUGUGCUAUGUAACCAGUGUCAUUUUUGGUAAAAUAAAGUAUAAUGUGUUACAUCCUGAAAUAGUUCAUGUUCUUUUGAAAAUUAUGCAUUUUGACAUUUUUAGGGACUGGAUAAAGUUACAUUAAAAAAAUCUUUUAAUUCCAUAAACGUGUAGAUCCUGUUGAUAAUCAGAUUGUAAUCGGAGUCGGUGUGUCUGUGAAUCUUCCACAUUAACUUCCUUAGAUUUUACAAAAUUCAGGUCACAUCAUUUUGCUUCUGAUAGUUAUCUGUUAUUGCGCCUGUCUUUUCAUGGGAUCUUAAGGUUUUUUUUAGCAGAGGAUUAGAAGAAGCAUCAUCACUGGGUCUACAAAAGGCAAUAAAUGUUGCAUGUUUACAUGUGUGGAGGAGAGUGUUGUAGCUACUAGGUCAUUGGUGGAUGUGUGUGGGUUUCAUCCACUCCACUCCUUGGAACAACAAGGCCUUUUUUAGAGUUGCUCCCACUCUGGCUUUUUAUUUACUGGUAGAUUUAUUUUCUCUUGUAUGUAGCUCCUUGGUUUAGGGUCUCUUUUCUAUUAUAUUAUCUUUUGUUAGUCUUUAUCCACGCAUGGCCUGGUGUGGGAUUUUUAUUUUGUUGCUCUCGGGACCAGUUGGUUGGUUUCAGGAAGGGUUCAUUGUGUUUGGUUCAGCACGAGGUCACCAGAGGGGACGCGCAUAUGCUCUAGACCACAUUGUCAGCACUGUGACAGACGGUACAUUUGUACGACAAGUGUAUCAGUCAGUUCUGUAAAUGCUUUCUUAAUGCUUCAGUGUUUUCUCUGCAUGUAGCUGAGGUGCUUCUCUUGGUGUCAUUUACGUCACAUCGGGCCAUUUGCACAACCUCAUCAGCUUGCACAACACAGGGCUGUGCGAAGACGGCAGUUUAUCUCUCAGCUGUUACAGAGAACCCGUACACAAAUACGCUCCCAAUUGCUCACACCAGCAGACAGCUGAAGUGUCCCAGUAACACUGUUACAGCAGUUCAACCAGUGACAUCAUCUUUUCCCUUACACCCACUAAUUCUAAAGGAUCCCGCAUUUAGAAAGAAACCAAUCACCCCCACAUUCCUUACUGAGUUACGACAACUCUAAGGUCAUACCUACUGACCUCAAAAGGGAAAAUUAAUGUUCCCUUUUUGUUUUUCUAAAACUGGACUUUUUUUUUUUUUUUUUAAAAUAAAGUUUGCUUAAAUGAAUGACUAACCUUUGGGCUUUCUUCAUCCUAUGUAUCAUUUACUAAACAGCAAGAAAUACAGAUGUGUGUGUGCGUGUGUAUAUAUAUAAAAAAAACCUGUAAGAAAAUGUAUUUUAAUGUCAUCCACCUGCUCUUGUUCAGAUGUGAAGCUUUAAUUUUCGUUUCUGUGAAAAAUACAUGGUACGUGCAUAUGUAUUUCUUAAUUAUCUUUUAUGCUUUUUUUUUAAAAACCCAUCUUGUAACGUCUGAUAAAUGCACUAUAAUAAAGAGAUCUCUAUUGUAAGUCUUUC